UAACGGUUCACUCCCUUGUUUCAAAAUUUGCCAUUACAAAUUAUUUUUUGUUUCGAUUUUGGUUGCCACAUUUUAUCAUUUUAAACCAAGUAAAUCGAUUAGUACAUGGUACAGACGCCGAAAAUAAGUGAAAGGAAAGGUGAAGGUGUCAGAAUGAGCGGGAGAAAUACAACAUGUUACAAGUGCGGGCGGGGUGGGCAUUUUGCCCGGGAGUGUCGAUCAACAGGACGUCCAGGAGGAUCAAAUGUGCGAUGUUACAAGUGUAACAAAUCGGGCCAUUUUGCUCGUGACUGCAAGAUGGAGGGAGAGAGAUGUUAUAAUUGUAACAAGAUUGGGCACAUCGCCAAAGACUGUGACCGGGAAAUUGAUGAAGCUGGCAUUUGUUACAUAUGUGAGCAGUCUGGCCACAUUCAGAAGAACUGCCCUGAUGCCGACCCUGACUCCAAAACUUGUUACAGGUGUGGAGAAAAGGGCCACGUCGCACGCGAUUGCACAGAGGAAAUACAGGAUGAGAGGAAGUGCUACAACUGCGGCGAGGUCGGCCAUCUUGCACGUGAUUGUACCGAGGAGCGAGUGCCAUCCGCUAACCAGGACAGCGAGAAAACGUGUUACACUUGUGGUGAAGUGGGCCAUAUCGCUCGUGAUUGUACUGAGGAGAGAGGGCAGUCCGGAUAUCAGAAUGGCGAGAAGAAGUGCUACAACUGUGGCGAGGUAGGGCAUAUCGCUCGUGAUUGUACCGUAGAGCGAGCGCAAUCCGGUAGCCAGGACAGCGAGAAGAAGUGCUACACCUGUGAAGAGGUUGGCCAUAUUGCUCGUGAAUGUCCGAGCCAGGAUACGCGCAGCUGCUAUAACUGUGGCGAAACUGGCCAUCUGUCCCGAAACUGCCCUGUGAAGCGCCAGCCGGCACGCAGAGAGCGAAAUCAGGAAUGUUAUAAGUGUGGAGAAAAUGACCACAUUGCCCGCGACUGCCCGCAACUGACCUCAAAACGUGAGGUGGAAUGCUACAACUGCGGGAAAAUGGGUCACUUUGCGCGUGAUUGUCCGGUGGAAAGCGCUGAAAUUAAGUGCUACAAUUGCAACGAAAUUGGCCACUACGCUCGUGAUUGCGAACAAAAUCAGGAUUAGAUCAAAACAAAGGGCCAUAACUGGUACCUCAAAGGGAGACCACUUAUCGUGUUUUUUUGCUUAUUUUAUUAUCUCCCUUGUAAUAUAUGGAGAUAGAUGAUUUUAUUUUUGUCAUAGAAGAUUUGGACAAGGAAGUGAAUUUUAUUUAUAAAAUGAGAACAUUUUUCUAUUUUUGUGGUGAUUAAAUUGUGUGUGUUUCUUUAUUAAAUUGAAUUGUAUGAUAAUUACUUUAAUCUGUAUAUUGGUUAGUUUUGGUAAUUUAUGGGAUGUUAUACAGAGCUACAGAUAAUUGUUUACUUAGAACUGUAAUGUAUGCCUUUAAUGUAAUUUUGUAAAGUGUAAUGUACGCCUUGAAGGCUUGCUUGCAUUCAAUGAAGUAAAAUGAUGAUUAUUAAAGUCUACUGUUACAUUGAAGAGUAUUCAGAACUCCUCGGCCAUUUUCAUAGAAAACAUCCUCGGAUGUAUAGUGUUUCAUCAGUAAAAGCAGUUCGACUUCCUUGUCCACUCAAACUGGUCAGACAGAGCGUUGCUCCAUUGGCAGAAAUCUGAGUCAAAGUUACAUGCCACAUUUAGGGGCUUGGUGCCUGGACUGCAGUUGAAGAGAGACAUCAUCAAUGGUCACACCACCACUAAAGGGUGGUGCUUCGAACCUAAUAUGGAAUCCCUUGCUUAUUGCCCCAAGUAAAUUUUAAAUUAUAGUAUGGUAUUAAAAAAUUGUAGUGUUUUAUCAUGGUUUUUGUAUAUCUUUAAGUUUAAAUUGAUUGCCAAUGAAGUGUUGCAUAAAUAAUUCAGAUUCCUAAGAGUAUGGUCAUGAUGAUUAACUGCUUAAUUGGAAUUACUACACAAUCUACUUGCAGUGUAGUUGAAUGUAAAGAUUUUUGACAUUGUAAACCAUCCAUAUACAUCUGAGGUUGUUUUUGAUGGAAAACAGCCGAGGAGUUCUAAAUGAUUGGAGUGCAAACGUACAUUUAUUGAACAUACACAAUUAGCUUGACCUUAAACGUAGAAAUUGAUUUAAAAUACCAGACAUCGCUUAAUUCCGAUUGAAUUAUUUAAGGUAGCAAGAGAAUCGCUACAUAAGAGUUAUUCUUUACCAGUAAGCGGCCAUCUUUGAUCUCGUCAAAUCAGUUUUUCAUGAAAUGGUCGUAAAUUGAUUGAAGUAAAAAAUCGUAGGCCCUUACAACAUUUAUAUAUUCGUACCAAUAUGAACAGAUGCUUGAUUUUAUAUUGUAAUCGGCACAUUUUUAAUUUUGACCCUAACCUGUAGCUCUGUUUUGGAUAAAGAGAACUUAAGAAAGAAUAAAGUAGCAGAAUAUUUAGUUAGUAAAUGAACUUUUUUAUUUUUUAUUGUAACGAUUUGUUUGCAAUUGAGAUAUAUUUUUAAACACAGCAUAAAAAUGUUUAUGCGUGAGAGAUAUUUUAGGUUUUACGUGCGCAAGAUAUUUCUUUGUGUGUUAAAGUUGUAAGGAGAGGUGGUGGAGUUUUGUCUGUGAUUUUUAUGUGGCAUUUUUGUCUAUUUAAGGUAGGCCAUUCAUCAGCAAGAUAAAAACUUGCAACAUUUAUAGUAUCAUUUUUCAAGUUACAAAAUGUAGUCUAUUUAAGGUAGUCCGUCUGUCAUUAAGACAAAAACUGCUACGUGUGAAGUUUUAUUUUUAAAGUUCCAAUUUGUAUGUUACAUUUUUUUUUAAAGUAGUCACCCAAAGCUUUUUUUUUAUAUAGACAUUAUGUUAUUGAAGAGAACAAUUUAUGGAAUUGCUAUAUAUAUAGAUAUAUAUAAUCAAAGUAAAGUUUUGUUUUCUUACCUCCCUUUAAUAUACCAUAUGAUAAUGAUAGCGUGAUUAUAAAAAUAUUGGAUGGCAUGAAUUAAAAUCUUGAUGAUUAAGAAUUGGCGGAGUGGGAGAAGCAAAGGAGACCUUCUUAAUCAUGAAGAUUUUAAUUCAUGUCAUCUUACUAUAAGAAUACAACCUCAUUGGCUGACCCAUUGUCAAAGCAAAAUUUGACGGAUUAUGUAUCGGAUGAGUGGCAGUAGACGGACCUUUAAACACCUGCGAAAGUUGACUUUCCUAAUGAUUAAGACUAGUACUUAAUGAUUGCCUAUUGCAAUUUCAUUGGCUGUAAAUGUAGGUUGUAUUCUGUGGUGUUAUUCAAAAAUGUGAUUUAUGAUGUUAAUAUCUAAAAUGCACUAACACAUCCUUGCAUCCUAAUGAUGGAUGGCUUACCUUAAAGCUGCACUCUCACAGAUUGAACGUUUUGCCAACUUUUUUGUUUUUGGUCUUGGAACGAGCCAAUUUUUGCAAGAAUCCAUGGAAACCAACUAUUUAAGACUGCUGACUUCGCAGAUUUUUAUAUUUAAGUUCAAAAAUUGAUUUUUAAUGCAUUUUUCUUAAACCAUUAGUAAUGGUUUAAGCCAUAAAACAUUAAUUUUCGAACGGAAAUAUGAAAAUCUACAAUCUGAUUUUUUGUCAGCAAACUUAUAUCAUUGGUUUGCAAAUAUUUAUGCAAAACUUUUCUCUUUUCAAGACAAAAAAUAAAAAAAUGUAGCAAUAAUGGUAUAUCUGUGGGCGUGCAGCUUUGAUACAAUAAUGGGUUAACUUUUUCUUUUAAUAAUAUUUUCAUUACUUAUAGUUUAUUAUUGCAAGCAAUGAAUUACCGUACAUGUUUUGCAAAAAAGGCUUACCUGCUUGGAAAUGCUUAUGCUGUUGCUGUCAUUUUGAUUUUAAUGAAUUAACUUAAAGCUGCACUCUCACAGAUUGACUGUUUUGACAACUUUUGUAUUUUUUGAAUUGUAAUAGACCAAUUUUUUGAGUGAAUGUCUUAACACCGGAAAUAAGAGAUUACUGACAAAAGAUCAGAUCGCAGUUUUCAUAUAAAUGUUCAAAAAUUGAUGCUUUAUGCCAAAAAAAUCAUUUUUCUGAAAGCAUUAUUAACGCUCUUUGCCAUAAAACAUAAAUACUUGAACAUAAAUAUCAAAAGUGUUAUCUGACCUUUGUCAGCAGUGUUAAAUCACCUGUUUCAAAACAUUUCCACAAAUUCCAAGACCAAAAAUUUAAAAAAAAAAGGUCGAUCUAUGAGUGUGCAAUUCAACACAUCAAAUAUUUAAUAUUUGCGUAGUUAGAUUUUUCUGAUAAUCUCUAGAUUAAUACUUUGAGGCUUAUUGUAUUUGGAUGGUUUGGGUUUAAAAUUAUUAUACAUGUAUGUUUUUAAAAUUCAGUUCAUGAAUGUUCUUUGGCUGUUUCGGUGAAGGACUGUAGUCGUUACCUUCAAUAAUCUUAUAUCUGUAUAAACACAACCACCAUCAUUAUCAUCAUCAUUUCAUCACUCCGCAAAAAGUAUACUCGCGAUUGGCUAAAACUGUAAAACUGUAAAUACAUAUGCAGCAGGCUGGACUGACUGUUUUAUUAAAUAUAAAAGUUCCACAAUUUACAAUUGCUUUUUUAAAAGGAUAAAAGCAUCUCUUAGAAACUAACAUUCUAUAUGUUGGCUGAGCAGAGCUGAAUGGAAAGCAUUCAGGCUGGUCUGGUCAACGUCUUGGGGCAUCUUGUUCUAAAGCAUGAUGGUUGCGGGAAAGAAACUUUUUUUGGAAGUGCAGGCUUGGAUUUGGCUGAAUCGUAGGCUGUGCCCUCUGGUAGACUUAGCAAUGAUGAGCGGGGAAUCUGGCUCAAAUUUCUCGACGCUUAUUAAGCGGUAUGUCUCUUAUAACAGGAUUAAGCUAAGAUCACUAUUUUUGAUUUUCAAUUUUAUGCUUAAGAUCGGAAUUAUCUGUAUGAUAAUCACAAUUACCGUAACCAUUUUUCAUUUAUCAAAAUUCAAUUUAAGUAUGUUUUUUGGAUAAUUGAAAUAAGCUACUUAAGCCAGUUAAGCUUAAGAAGUUUCGAGAAAUUGCGUUCUAUCUAUGGUAUUAGAGGUUUUAAAGAUUUUUUUGCGAUUGUCUGCAUCCUAAUUAUGUGUGUGUCCAUUUAAUAACACAGUCAUGUACAGCUCGUCAUUAGGGGAAAAUCUACUUAUGUGAACUCCGGGUAGCAUCUUUUUACUUUGGGAGUAUGGUGCCUUCAUAAAUAAAAUCAGGUUCUUUAAUGUGACAAAACUAUGCAACUUUUCAGUGACUUACAUUCGGUAUAAGAUGAUCAUUUAAAGCUGCACUCUCACAAAUUGACAGUGUUGACUAAAAUUAAAGCGUUAGUAACAAUUUUAACCAUAAAACAUCAAUUUUCAAACAUAAAUAUGGAAACUGUGAUCUGAUCUUUUACAAGCAGUCUUGUAUCACUGGUUUCAAGACAUAAACGCAAAAAUUGGCUCAUUCCAAGACAAAAAAUAAAAAAGUCGUCAAAAUAAUCAAUCUGUGAGAGUGCGGCUUUAAACACAAAACAUUCAGGACUUUUUCUGUUGGGGAUAGAUUGUAUACCUAUUUGUACGGAAAUACCCUACACUAUUUUUAGAGUUUCACACUGGCAUUCAUUCAAUACAGAAUUUAUUAUGCAAGUCUUUUAAAAUAAAUAAAAUCACGCUUUGGAGAGAUUUUAUCAAUUUUAUAAACAUGUUUCAUAAUUUUGUAUUGAAUUACCACAAAUGUGAUAUUUUUUUACAUCAUUGAUAAAAAUUUGAUGAUUUAUAGCGCUAAAUGCAUUUAAUGUGACUAUAUAUUGCGCACAAUUUUAAUAGUAGUUACUUAUGAUGUCAAAUUAUCAGAAAGGCCAAAAAAAAAUGGUUUGGUUAGGGUUACAUCCCUUUCAUAAGGUAAGGUAGAUAGGCUUUUUAUUUUAUUUAUUGUUUUGAUUGGCUUUAUAUAAAAACAUAAUUGUCAUCUAUUUAAAAUGGUGUUAAAGGAAUGUUUUUAAUAAAGCUUUAAAGGUUUUAAACUGCAUACUAAAACACUGACUUGAAAAAAAGUUCUUAUUUUCAUUUGUAUUUUUUUUUUUUUAACUGACUAUAAAAUUGGUUGUGUCUGCUCCUAUUUCGUAGGUAAGGUCGGGUAACUCUAACCAAAUGUAUUUUUCAAAGGCCAAAACACACUAGUCAUAGGGUUUUAGCAAGGUUAAAUUAAGGAGUGGGUGCUGCAGAAAAGGGACAGGGUGCUGUAAGGGACAAAAUAGCAGAUUGUGUCGGGCAGUGAAUAAUUAAAGAUGAUUAUGAAUUUCAUAGAAAAUGUUUUAAUUCACUCCUACUCACAGGGUUCGCGGAAAGGUAGAAAAAUCAGUUCUAUAUGCUUAUCAAAUGUUGCUCUGCCUGAGCCAAUUUUUGACCACUGUGCGCAAGAGUAAAUUGUGCUUAUUUGAAGUAAUAUUCGGUUUCAACUUAUAAAUAUGUAAAAUGUUUGAAUUCAUAAUCAUAUUUCAAGUUUUAAUCAAAACAAAAGAAAUAUAUGAUUUUCUUGAGCAUUUAAUUUUUCGAAGGCAGGAGGGUGCACAUUCUGGUCUCCAUGAGGGUAGAAUGGUGUUUCCAAAAUAGGACAAGUUGCAGCACCCUCUCAUAACCGUCAAGCUAAAACCCUUCUACUAGUCAUAUAUUAAUAAAAAUACAUUGACACUAUUUCAUGCUGGCAACGUCAUUUAUAAUUAUGAUGAUUUUAACUUGUAAAUAGAAAAAAAAUUAAACCACUAUUGGGUGCAAAAAAAUAAUUAUUUAGUAAUACUGUACAAAUACACAGAAAGAAAUUAAUUAUAAAAAAUAUGUCAAUAAUUGAUGAUGAAUUUAUAUAUGAUUCAGAUUGUGAAAGUUAAUGAAUAAUUAUGAACUUGUCAAUGAUUCAUGACAAACACGUUAAUGAAUUAUCAUGAACUUGUUAAUGAUUUUUUCAAACAUGUUAAUGAAUUAUUAUGAAAUUGUUAAUGAUUUUUGUAGAACAUGUUUAUGAUUCAUUCUAAAAUUGUAAAUGAUUCGUGGCGAAGAUGUUAAUGAAUUAUUAUGAUUUUGUUCAUGUUUCUUGACAAAGAUGUUAAUGAAUUAUUAUGAAAUUGUUACUGAUUCUUGACGAACAUGUUAAUGAUUCCUUAUAAAAUUUAAAAUGAUUCUUGGAGAUGUUGAUGAUUCAUUAUGAAAUUGUUAAUGAUUCUUAAUGAACAUGUUAAUGAUUCAUUUUGAAAUUGUUAAUGAUCGUUAUAAAAUUGUUAAUGAUUUUUAACGAACAUGUUAAUAAUUGAUUAUGAAAUUGUUUAUGAUUCGUGAAGAAGAUGUUAAUGAUUCUUGAAAAAGAUUUUAAUGAUUCAUUUUAAAAUUGUUCAUGAUUCGUGACGAAGAUGUUAAUGAAUUAUUAUGAAAUUGUUAAUGACUUGUGAUGAUUAUGUUAAUGAUUUUAUUUUUGCAGUAGAGAGGUUGUGUAAGUGGAGUGGUGUUAGAGCAGUCUAUAUUUUGUAUGGAAAAAUAAACUCUGGCAGGAAA